CAGAGGACCUAGAGGCCGACAUCAUGCCUAAAGAAGUGACGGCCAGGCUCUCCAGAACCAAAAACACUGCGCCCGGAAAUGAUGCUACACCCUCAUUGACUGCUGUUCCUGUGUGUUCCACAUUCCAGAAAACCCAAUGGAAACCUGGCCCAAAGACUCGGACCGCCAGCAAGGAUGAAAACAUCAGGAGCUGGCAGAAAAAAACCCCAGCAGGCACCUCUACAGGAAGAUUAAACAGCAGAAGGCCAGCUCUUCGGGACCUCACAUCCAGGAGGAAGAACAUCUCGACAGCUUCUCAGAAGGAGGACCCCAGAAGAUCCCCACGUACUUCCCAGGUCCAGGAUGCUGAACACCACCCUGCUGCUCCCAAGAUGGAUGACACUGAAGGAGCCCCCCCGAGGAUCCAGGACCAGGAUGCUGAUGGACGCCCCACCGAGAAGGAUGCCAUUGGAGGAGCCCCCCCAACGACAGAGGACCAGGAUGCUGAUGGCCACCUUGCCAGGAGAGGUGCCACCAGAGGAGCCCCCCCAACAACCGAGGACCGGGAUGCUGAUCACCGCCCCGCCAGAAGGGACUCCGCCGGAGGAGCUCCCCCAACGACUGAGGACUGGGAUGCUGAUCGCCGCCCUGCUGGGAAGGACGCUGCCAGAAGAGCCCCGCAGAUGACCGAGGACCAAGAGGCUGAUCACCACCCCUCUGGGAAGGAUGCCGCCGGAGGAGCCCCCCAGAUGACCCAGAACCAGGAUGCUGAGCGCUGCCUUGCCAGGAAGGAUGCCGCCGGAGGAGCCCCCCACAUGACCGAGGACCAAGAGGCUAAUCGCCGCCCCGCUGGGAAGUAUGCUGCCGGAGGAGCCCUCCAAAUGACCCAGGACCAGGAUGCUGAGUGCCACUUCACCGGGAAGGAUGCCACCAGAGGAGCCCCUCAGAGGACUGAGGACCGGGAUACUGAGCGCUGCCCUGCCAGGAAGGAUGCCACCAGAGGAGCCCCCCAGAUGAUCCUUUAAACAAUCCAAAUAAAUAAAAUAAUAGUUAACACAUACAUUGAGGUCAGAGAGGGCCAAAGCUCAUGCUACUCACAUGAGUAGCAAUCACGUGAGGCUGAAGUCAAUUUCUUGUGUGAGGAAGGGUUGAUCCUCUGAGCAAGUUUUGCAAUACCAAGCCAGUGUGGGUAAUACCUGACGCAACACGUUAAAGACCAAAGAGGAAAAGAUACCCAGAUAACUGGUCUUGGGGUAUAGCCUGGGACUCACUGAGCAGCAAGCUAAGGGGUAGCUGAAAGCACUUUGAACUCAGGUGAACUUUUCAGAAAGCCUGCCUGAUGGCAAUUCCUGCCUAGAGCAAGGAAGAGACAUCACUGAUAGAUACUUUUAUUAGUCUCUAGUGGUGGUUUCUAAGACCUGGUUUCCAUAGUUUUUGUACCAAUU